CAGGAGGUUAAGAGUCAACACAGGUCGCCAGAGUUAUGGCUGCUGUCGGUCUGUCAAACUCCAGUGAUCAGUAAAGUGCAGUGCGCUCAUCUGCCGGUGCUCACCGCUGUGAUGUCACACCUCUGUGUGCUUCUGGACUCGGCUGAAGAAGAUGGCGACCUCCUCAGAAGUUAAAGUUCCACGCAAUUUUCGCUUGUUGGAAGAGCUUGAAGAGGGGCAGAAGGGCGAAGGUGAUGGCACAGUCAGCUGGGGCCUCGAGGAUGAUGAAGACAUGACUCUCACACGGUGGACGGGCAUGAUCAUUGGACCAGCAAGAACCAAUUAUGAGAACAGGAUAUACAGUCUGAAAGUGGAAUGUGGACCUAGAUACCCAGAGACAGCCCCCACUGUUAGAUUUGUAACAAAAAUUAGCAUGAAUGGGAUAAAUAAUUCCAACGGGACGGUGGAUUCACGUAGCAUACCAAUAUUAGCAAAAUGGCAGAAUUCUUAUAGCAUUAAAAUUGUUCUUCAAGAGUUAAGGCGUCUAAUGAUGUCCAAAGAAAAUAUGAAGCUUCCACAACCACCAGAAGGACAAACCUACAGCACUUAAUCGUAAUGGAUUGUUUCGGCCUUCUGUCUUAAACCUUACUCUCUUAGAAAUAAUGUGUAAAAUCAUCAAGAAACUCACUUCGCACGUCAACAGUAUCAUCGACAAGAGCAAGAUUGGACUUUAUUACAUAGCCCAUUAAAAAAAAAAAUACAUGUCCCUGCAGUUAAGCACUGAAUAGAUGGUUAAAAGACUACAAGACCACAGUUGUAUGCCUUUAAUAAAUUUACUUUGACAAUGAUUUUUAUAUUCGACCUGUUAACGGCUUGAGUUGGCUAGAAGAGGGAAACAUGAUGCCAUGCAAUGACUGUACCUGAUGUAUGUGUGAAGGCAUUUUGUGGAACUAAUACCUAGACGAAAAGAAGCCACGUUUUUGAGUUGUUAGUCAGAUUUAGCAGGAUCAUUGAAAUACCAUGCCGAUUGCUGAAUAUUGAACUGUGGCUGUAGUCUAAAAGUAGUGUCACAAGGUGAAUUUUUUUUUUUUUUAUAAAUAUAUAUAUA